AUGCGUUCUUCCUUCGCUGCCUCAAUUAUUCUCGCUGCUCUCGCUGCCGCGCUCGCUCUCGCCCGCCCUGUAUAUCCCUCCGGAUACGAUCUUGUUCAGCGGGACUAUGACUUCAUGAACCGCGCCGCUCCCGCCAAGGGAAGCGAGGCAACCAACUGGAGCUCGGUUGGAAAAAUGACCGGGAAGAUCGGUAAAUGUCUCGUGCACAACCUCCGGGAGGGACACCCACUCCUCGCGCGCGAGGUCCAGCGCAUUCUCCUUGCGCGUGGCGAGAUGGAUGGCAAUGAGGCUCUCAGCUGGAAAUCCGUAGCACACGCUACCGAGACCCCCGGCAGCUGCCUCGCGCACUCUCUCAAGCGCGAGGACCGUCUCGCCGCCCGUGAACUCGAGACAUGGCUUAUGGCUCGUAAGGCGACCGCGAUGGACCCUGAAAGCAGCGAGGCGAUCAACUGGAAGAGCGUCGGGAGCGGCGUCGGAGAAUUCGGAGAGGGCUUACUCUCCAGCAUCCUCAGACGCGGGUACGACCCCAUGGGCCGUACUUCACCGGUCAUUAACAGACCUCUCCCUGACGCCACCUCAGUUCCUCUGCGCCAGCCUGUGCGUUUCAGUACCAAAACCCCCUACCGAACGGCAACGCCACUCAGCGAUAGCAAUGAAGCCAUCAACCGAAACGAUGUCGGUAGCGAUGUCGGGAAAGCGGGCGGCUUCCUCUUUCACCGUCGCGGGGGUAUGUACUUAGAUGAGCUUGAAUAG